CCGCGUUUGAUCAGUCUUCAGUCUGCAACGGCGGCCUUCGGCCAGCAACACUUUCAAACUUGCAAGCUUUCUUCGCAAAUUCUCGUUGAGAUGGCGGAUAUCAUGCUGUCAGCUGUUCGUCUACCCACGCCUGAGCCGGCUCUCGAUCCUGCGCCUCAAGAACAACCCCGUGGUGUUAAGAGACAUCUCUCACCAUCCUCCCGCUCACCAACGCCCAAACGCCACCGCUCACCUCCACGCAAGAGAUACUCGUACUCGCGUUCUCCUUCACCCGAUCGACGUUUCAAAGAUGCUCCCGCAGGUCCACUCCCACGCGACGUCGAUCGUUCGCGUGCCUUCGAACGGCAGCGCCAGCUCGAGAUGCGGCAAAGACAGCAAAAAGAUGAGACAUCUGUGCCUCUCACCGAUGAGCAGAAGCAAGAAGCGGCCAAGGCAGAGUACCAGCGCCUACUCAACGCGCGGUCUGGGGGUGUAUACGUGCCCCCGGCCAAGCUACGCCAGCUUCAAGCUCAGAUCACGGAUAAGACGAGCAAGGAAUACCAGCGUAUGGCAUGGGAGGCAUUGAAGAAGAGCAUAAAUGGUCUGGUCAACAAGGUCAACGUCAGCAAUAUCAAGCAUAUCGUGCCGGAGCUCUUCGGCGAGAACAUGAUCCGAGGACGAGGGCUGUUCGCGAGGAGUCUGAUGAAGGCACAGGCGGCGAGUUUGCCAUUCACACCAAUAUAUGCUGCUACGGUCGCUAUCGUCAACACCAAAUUACCGCAAGUUGGAGAGCUGCUGGUCAAUAGACUUGUUGUGCAAUUCCGAAAGGCUUUCAAGCGGAACGAUAAGGCCGUCUGUCUGUCGAGUACAACCUUCAUUGCGCAUCUUGUCAAUCAGCAAGUGGUACACGAGAUUCUUGCGGCGCAGAUCCUGCUCUUGUUGCUCAACAAGCCCACCGACGACAGUGUGGAGAUUGCAGUUGGGUUGACUAGGGAGGUUGGUCAGCACUUGGAGGAGAUGAACCAGCAAAUCGCGUUGGCUGUGUUUGACCAAUUCAGGACUAUUCUGCACGAAGCAGAUAUCGAUAAGAGAGUCCAAUAUAUGAUAGAAGUGCUGUUCCAGGUCAGGAAAGAUAAAUACAAGGACAACCCGGCUAUCAAAGAAGAGUUGGACUUGGUCGAGGAGGAGGACCAGAUCACACACCGGACUAUGUUGGAUGACGAAGAUAUCGAAGUCCAGGAUAGUCUUAAUAUCUUCAAAUUUGAUUCAGAAUGGCAAGAGCACGAGGAUGCAUACAAAACGCUCAAAGCGGAGAUUCUUGGAGAGGCUGAUGGAAGCGACGCUGAAGAUGACGAUGAAUACGAGACGGAUAGCUCUGAUGAUGAGGAAGCCCAGAAAGAGAAGGAGCUCGAGGUAAAGGACCAGACGAACACAGACCUCGUCAACCUGCGUCGGCAGAUCUACCUUACCAUCAAAUCCAGUGGGGGCUUUGAAGAGUGUUGUCAUAAGCUCAUGCGUAUCAACCUUCCUGUUGGACAAGAAGAAGAACUCCCGUCCAUGGUGAUUGAGUGUGCGUCUCAAGAACGAACAUACGAUAAAUUCUACGGAAACAUCGGCGAGCGUUUUUGCAAGCUCAAUCGUCUGUGGAAAGAACUUUUCGAAAGCAUGUUCGCCAAGUACUACGAGACGAUUCAUCGGUACGAAACAAACCGCCUACGUAUUAUCGCACAAUUCUUCGGCUACCUUAUUUCGACUGAUGCCAUCGACUGGCACGUCUUGUCACUCAUCCAUCUGAACGAGGAAGAAACAACUUCGAGUUCACGUAUCUUCAUCAAGAUCCUAUUCGAGGAUCUUUCACAGGCACUCGGGAUGCCAAAGUUGGCCACCAAGUUGACAAAGGACGAAGUGCUCACUCCUUCGCUCGGUGGACUCUUUCCCAAAGAUCCGACGAAUCAAAAGGACACCCGAUUCGCCAUCAACUUCUUCACGGCCGUGGGAAUGGGGGCUCUGACAGAGGAUAUGCGCGAGUGGCUAAAGAACGUACCGAAACCUGCCCCUCCCCCUCUACCUGCCCCAGGCUCGCCGUCGGACUCGGAGAGCAUCUCCAGCUAUUCCAGCUAUUCCAGUUACUCAUCCCGCUCCCGUUCUCGCUCUCGUUCUCGCGCUCGUUCAUAUUCGCGCUCUCGCUCUCCAACUCGCGAUCGCUCACUGUCCCGUUCGCGUUCACUCUCACGUACUCCCGGCCACCGCGGCAGACGCCGCAGCUACUCAUACUCCCGCUCGCCAUCGCACACGCCAUCUCGCUCCAGAUCUCGCUCCAGAUCUCCGUUACCUAGACGUUCCAGACGCCGCAGUUACUCUGAAUCGCGCUCGCCAUCUCGUUCACGGUCGCCAAUUCGACGAAGAAGAAGUCCGUCAUACUCUGUGUCUAGGUCUAGAUCUCGAACGCCGCCACGAAGGAACGCGAGGAGUCCGCCAGGUAGGGGAAGGACGCUUUCGAGGUCGACAUCAAGGUCCGUGAGUCCACCCCGGAGAAAUGGGACGAGUCAGUCUGCGAGACGCAACUCACGUCAUUCGAGGAGUCCACCACCAAGAAGGAGAGGGGACUAAAUCAGGAAAGGGGAUAGGGAUGGUGUGGAGCGUUGCUGUGGGAGAGGUGAGGAGCCGGUUCGGGACAGGUUCAAUUGUAUAUUCAUUGUCGGGAGCUAUCUGUAUAAGUUAUUGGCAUGGGUGAUAAUUGAAAUGUGCAGAAGAGUGCGCGUAGGAUGGCCAUCGGGAUAUCUCUACAUUAGACAGCAAGUUGCAUAUCAUAUGCCGCCUACAGUCGGCUCACCCAGGAUUGGCUUUGUGCGCAUGGACCGAACAUUGGGAAUCAGACUAGCAGCCCGUUGGCCCACCCCUGCAUUAUCUUUUCUCCUCUGGACGUGCUAACAGUUGGACUGAUUAAUUCUGAAUUGCUCAUAUGACCGACUUUACGCUCUCUAGCAUUAGUGUUAGGAAAGUCUGAUAUGUGUGUGCCGGUAUUCGUGCCUGCUAUCCGCUCACAAAGAAAAGAAUUCUAUGAAUACAUAAUUCUACUUUCAGCUCACAAUACACGGUAGAGUGGGUCU